CACCCACCCUCCCUCUAAACGGACGAACGGACGGACCCCUUUUCUCUUUCUAGCCAAUAAUAAAAUAAUAAAAAAGAAAAAAGACACCGUUCCGUUCCGUUAAGUGCUAAAAGUGACAGUUAGUUGUUAGUUAAUGGCUGCUGAGGAAGAUGAGGAGGAGAAACGAUUGAGUCCCCCGGUGGUCUUCCUCUCGGUUGGAGGUGGUGGUGGUGACAAGGUUCAGGCUCAGCCUCCACCACCAAGGCUGCCAAGGUGGACAAGGCAAGAGCUGCUUGUUCUUAUUCAAGGCAAAAGAGUCGCCGAGAAUCGGGUUCGUAGGGGUAUCAGGACUGUUUCUUCUUCUUCGGGCCAGGGUCAGGGUCAGAUGGUGGUGGAGCCCAAGUGGUCAUCUGUAUCUUCUUACUGCAAACGUCACGGGGUUAACCGUGGUCCUGUUCAGUGCAGGAAAAGAUGGAGUAAUCUCGCCGGAGAUUUCAAGAAAAUUCAUGAAUGGGAAUCACAUAUCAAUGACGAAACAGAAUCUUUCUGGUUGAUGAGAAAUGAUUUGAGGCGAGAUAGGAAGCUGCCCGGUUUUUUUGAUAGAGAAGUCUAUGAUAUACUACUUAAUGGACCAGCUGAUCACGCAGGAGACAAAUCGUUGGUCUUGUCACUGGCACCAUCCGUCGUCGUCGCUGACACACAAAACCACCAAGUCGUGUUUGAUAGUGGACGACCCGAUGAUGGUCUGUUUUCUGACCAAGUGAUGAUGACUACUAGUCCAGAUAAAGAACCUCCUCCUGCUGCUGCUCCUACUCCAAUAUCAGCGACACGCUAUGAGCCAUUAUCUCAACAGGAUCCACCCCUUCAACCGGCUUCCACACCAGCUCCAGCAGGAGAUAAAGAAACCACCCCGAGCCCUAAAAAUUACCAAGGAAAGAAGAGAAAACGUUCAGACAUUGAUGCAAAUGAGGACAUGUCUUUACACAACCAAUUGAUUGAAGCCAUGGAAAGGAACGGCAGAUUGCUUACCUCCCAGCUAGAAAUUCAGAACACCAAUUCGCAGCUAGACAGAGAACAACGCAAAGAUCAUGCAGAUAGCCUAUUUGCAGUCCUUAAUAAGCUUGCAGAUGCCAUGGUCAGAAUUGCAGAUAAGUUGUAGUAAAAGCCCCCCUCGUAUUCUUGUGCAUAUAAAGAAGAUUCGAUCAACCCCAUCAAUUCUUGUAGGAGCUGGGAAAUUAUGUGGAUAAACCACAUAUUUGUCUUUGAAAUUGCUCCUCUUAUUUCCAUUACUUGUAGCGAGCAGUAUAGGUGGUAUUAUACAGAAUAAAACGGAUUAUGUAUUUUGGGCUUUCCAACGAUCAUCAUAUAUACUUGAGGCUUUAUAACACAAUAAAAGUGAUUCAUUUGGUUUUCAGAAA